GACGCGAGUCCCUCUUAUGCGCAUUCCUUCACUGGCAAUGAUCCCAGGUUUCUGUGAAUUACCUCUUCCCAUUAUCCAGUUAUCUCUGGCCGCUGUAUUGAAAUGCGGGCAGUCAUUCCGCUGGUCUGCAUUUCCACUACAUGUCACGACAGUAGAUGCUUCAACGCCGACACACGAGUAUCGUUUAUGUCUACGGGAUCGUGUAGUAUGUCUCAGACAAACGCCCAACUUCCUCUUCUACCGUUCUGUGUUUCCAAAGCAGCUCUCCCCUACGCAACAAGCAGUUAAGGAAACAGAAACACUGGCUUGGCUCAGGGAUUACUUUCAGCUGGAAGUGGAUCUUGUGGAACUGUACGACCAAUGGAGUGCACGCGAUGCAGUUUUUGACAAUCUUCGGUCGCGUUUCUCGGGCAUCAGGAUGCUGAGGCAGGAUCCUUGGGAGAACCUUAUAUCCUUCAUAUGUUCUUCCAACAAUAACAUAUCACGUAUCACGAAAAUGGUACAAUCAUUGUGCAAGCAAUAUUCUACUCCCCUGUUGUCUCUUCCUCCUCCGCAUGAAACUACAGAAGAGCAACAAUGUCAGUCUUACCACCCUUUCCCUUCUCCUUCUGCCCUCGCUGCCCCAGAAGUCGUCGGUACUCUUCGAUCACUGGGUUUCGGUUAUCGCGCCUCCUUCAUCCAGAGAACCGCAAAAAUGUUAGUGGAUACCCAUGGGCAUACUUCUCUCAGCUCACUCGAAGCCUCUGAAGAAUGGCUAAUGACCCUGAGGGAUUUAACUACCGAUGAAGCACGAGAAGAACUCCUGAAAUUCAUGGGCGUUGGUCGUAAAGUUGCCGACUGUGUCUUACUCAUGAGUAUGGAUAAGAAGGACGUCAUCCCUGUUGAUACGCAUGUCCACCAGAUCGCCAUAAAACAUUACGGUUUCCCUUCGAGCUCCAGUGCAAAGGCCAAAGCAUCUAUGACCCCUAAACUCUAUGAAAAAAUUAACGUGAAGCUAGUCAAUGUUUGGGGUAAUUAUGCUGGUUGGGCUCACUCUGUACUUUUUACUGCCGACCUGAAAUCAUUUUCUUCUUAUGGUCUUCCGUCCACAUCUCGGGUUGAGGCACGAGGCAACAUUACGGUGCUACCCACACCCCCGCUCACGCCUUCGCCCUCUAAACUGAAGAGGAAGAGGCAUCCUGAGGUUAGCCUAAGUCCAGCUCAGCCCGAGACUGAUACGGCCACAGCCGAUGUUGUAGAGGCGCUGGGUGUGAGACAGUUGCAUAAUGACUUGAACCUUGAGCCAAGUCUGGCUGAUCGGGUCAAAAGGCGGAGACGUGUAGCAGCAGUUGCCUGAGGUCGAAUGGACUAUACCCAAGCUAUUACAAUCACUUGUACUUAACCUUAAUAUUCUUAUCAGCCACGUGCCAGUGGCUAUGACCA